AUGGUUCUAAAUAUAAAAUUUCGUGGAGGAAGACAAAGUUCGCGCGCAAUACGGGCGCGGGCAGGUAGAGCGGGUAGAGCGGGUAGAGCGGCGGCGGCGUAUCGAUUCCGCGCCGCCUUCAGUCGGCGUCCGUCGAGCGCCGCGUUGCGCCGAGCGCCGGCGAGCGGGCGUCGCCCCCCCGCGGCCCGCGAGCCUCCCCCCGCGCCCGCCCGACGCCACAGAGCCGCCGAGCCGGCAAACUCGACCGACCUCUUUUCGCUAGCUAACGUCGCACCCGCGUCCGUUUCCCGCCGUGAAACUGCACUCGAUCUCGACGUGAUUUUGUCGCACCGAUCUGAACUUUUCCAAGCGGCCCGACUGCUU